GUGAUCAGCAGUUUUAUUGAUACAAACCAAAUGCAAAGUAUGCUCGACAGUUUAUACAAGAAUUGGUUACACCAAAUAAAUGUAUGGAAACAAAAGUCAGUUCAGCAAUGACCAGAUUCAAGCCAAGAGCAAUCGUCAAACUGCCAAUAAUAGUUGAUUACGUGUUUUACCUUGUUUCCUACUUCGUUUGUUCUCCGGAUAAUUACUACAGCUCACUGGCAAAUGGACACUGUUGAUAUUAUAGAAAUGGUAGUGACUUCCAUUUUCCAGUAUCUCUACUAUAUUUGUCUUGGAUUCUGCAUGCUCUCUUGGUUUGCUAUGGUGUUUUUUUUGACAUCGGGUCCUAUUAUCACGUAUGUACAACUACUUGAAGCUUCUGUGUUGGAUUUGUUCAUGGCAGUACCGUCUACUGGCUAUAUGUGUUCUACCAUGGAAUAGUCGACUGAUUUGCUGGGAAUAGUUUACAUGAGCAACCGGGUCACUGCAACAUACAUUUCUACAAUCAUUGAUGACGUCUUGCUAUUCUGCUGUACCAAUGUGGAUUCUUGGUACACUUGCAUUAGAUUGCAUACAGCUGCAUCCUAUUUCAUGUAUAUUCUAAAUCAAGGCAAUCACAACUUUGAAGUUUCUGUCACUAUUGAGACUUGAACGGAUACGGAUAAUAUUAUAGGCUGUGGCGACUGGUUGCUUGAGGUUUUGGAUAUUGGUGACCAUUGUACAUCCAACUCAUGUUGUCUGUCGGCCGCAAUACAUCCAGCUUUUAGUGCAUGCUGUCUGGCUUUAUUUCAAUCCUCUACACAACUUUAAUUUGCUGUAGAUAACACUGCUGUUAUUGGAGUAUGCCAUCUGCACUCAAAAACCAUUCCUAUAUUUCUAUCCCCGCCCUUGCUGUCUCGUCAUUCUUGCUUCAUGUGCUUUUCCUACUUCAGUUGUACUCGUUUACAGCCUUGUUUACGUAGAAUGGAUCCCUUUUUUGUAUUAUCUUCAAUG